AUGGCAACAUCUGCAGCUCCCAAUUCUGUCUCGCCUAUGGCAGCUCGGCUUGGCUACCUCGUGGACCUACAGAAGGCAGAAGACAGUUACGCUGAAGCUUGGUGGACACAGUCUCGCCCGAGGCGUGCAUCCUCUGGUCGAAGGUCUCCGCUUCGAGGGUCAUUCUCUAGUGACUCGGCACCCUCUCUAUAUAAUUCUUCUGAAUCGCCUUCUCCUUCCUCUUCCUUCCCUUCGACUCCUGCUGAGUACGUACAAGAGUAUUUCGAACGAGUACAGAAGAAUCGAGAAACCUACAAUUUGGCCUGGAGCACUGCCGUUGAGAAACGUAUCUUGCAAGUCCAUGGCCCACAUGAUUCUGCCACUAAACUGAACUCCCGCUCCCGCUCUUCAAACCUCCUUGCUGCUCAACUUGACGCGUUUGCGAGCCGCGAUGAGAUCCGACAAGCCUACUAUGAUGCCUGGUGCUCUUCAUCUACUAGUCGAACACUAUCCGCCCAUGAGCCCCACGAUCCAGCAAUUAAGAUAGCUUCAACUUCAACCACCACCAAUCUUCUGGCCGCUCAACUCCGAGCAAGUGCUGGGCAAGAAGAGAGCGAGAACAGUUACGACCAAGCAUGGAUCGAAAUAUCAAACAAUGGAUCGUUGCGCAUCGAAGGAUCGCGAAAAUCAGCUACCCAGAUCGCAUCACAAGUCAUAGCAACCAACACUCUUGCAGCCCAGCUUCGAGCGGCAGCAGAUGAUGCACUUGCAGAGCAAGCAUAUAUAGAUGCAUGGUCGCGAUAUAGAGAAAUUACUCGUUACGCCCACUCUAUUGACGCUUGGAAAUCUCAUCAUCUUGACCGGAUAAGGAAAGAGAGCGAAUAUUACAAUGCUUGGUACGACGUUGCCAAGAAAUCGACUCUUAACAAGUCCAAGAGUCCAGCCAAACUGAAGGUUCUCAUCUCUCAGAUGGCAAUGUUCCAGGAUAUUCACACCCGCGAAGAGCAAUACAACGAGGCGUGGAGUGCUUAUGGCCAGCGUCAUGCUGCAAUGGCACCAGCUCCUGUACGAGCACCACGCCGCCGCUCCGGGCUUCAUUUUCGCGUUCGCCUCGACCUGCCUUCAUACGACAUUGUUUCACCUGAAAUCCCGAUGCUGGGUUUCUCCGCUAUAGACGGUCCCGAGAAUGACGAAGAACACAUCAAGGCGUGGGCCGACAAGAUGAAAACCACCACUAUCACUCCUGCCAACUCGCUUUUGCUCUCUCAUCCUUCCAAGGCGCACACUAUCCCAUCAUCACCGAAGCCAAAGAGGAGGUCUGAAAAGAAUCAUUUCAAGUGGCCAGAAGGUCUCACAGAAGCGGAAAAGGUUGGAUUGACCACUCGGGGGGACCUACAACCAUACCUCAGCACAUUGCUCAGCAAGAUUGUGUCAUUCGAACUUGUCGGCCAAUCUGAACUGAGCAUAUCUCCCGACGAAGCUUCUGUCGAGGUCCCGAUGCGACUCGUCCGCCGCGCGAAUCUCAAAUGCCACAACCAAGUAAUAUGCAAAGUCAAAGCUACCAUCUCUAUCACAAGCCCGCCCACUGCCCGAAGAUAUGCACAGGACCCGCUCCCGCUCUUUGAUGCACUCCGCCGAUUGGGUCAUGCAGCUGUCAUUCAACUCGACCAGGUCGGAGUGUCUGCGGUCGAUUGUGAGACUGGACGACAGUCAAUAUGGAGAAAGUAUAGCGUUGUCAGUGGAGCGUUCAGAUGCGAGGUUAAGGAGACUUUUAUGGAUCGAACCAUCUUUUCAAAGGAUGGGCGCGACUUUGAGAAGAAAGUCUCGAUCAAGAAUGGGUUAGUGAUGGCCCCUGACGGAAUCGAUUACUUGUCCCUUCCCCUAUGA